GAAGGACAUUGUUGGUUGGAAGGAGAUCACACAGGACAUUCUUUAGAUUCUAAUAGUUUUGGACCAAUCUCUCUUGGUCUAGUGACAGCAAAAGCAACAUAUAUAGUUUGGCCACCAAGCAGGUGGCAGCCAUUGCAUUCUACGAAGUUAAAUCAUGAGGGCUGUUAGUUUUGUAAAAAGAUUCCAGUGGGACUUGCCUGGUACUGUAUGUAGACAUGGAUUGACAAUAGGAGAUGUUGAUAAUGAUGGUGAUAAUGAAUUGGUUGUGGGUACUGCUGAAGGAGAGCUUUAUAUUUUCAAAGGAUCAGAACUAUGGCAAAAGAUCACAGGUCUUGGUCUCAUAACCAGUGUAGCAAUUGGUGAUAUUUUUAAUUAUGGACGUAAUGCUCUUGUAGUGAUCUGCGGUGAUGGAUGGACACACAUAUUUUAUAGUCCUAGGUCUGUCAAUCCUAAUAACCCAAAUAUGUCCAUAGGUCAACAUAUCGGCAAAGACUCAUGUGAUCAAGACAACUUUAAAGGAAGUUCUGAUGUUGGAGUAGGAAUUAACACAUUAAACUCUCAGAACUCUGAACAAAUCGACAAUAUGAAUGAAAUUAAUGAACUGUCUGGGAAAAUGGAAUGUGUACAUAUACAAAGAAUUCCGACCAACACAAAGAUAGUAUUGAUAGCUGAUGUCGACAAAGAUGGCGCUAAUGAGAUGAUUCUUGGUCUAACGGAUCGUGUUGUUAGAUCUUACAGAUGGUCAAGUAAUGCUGAUUUAGGAACAGGGAAAUUGAUAGGCUUGAAUAAAUGGGAGUGCACCAAUCAAAUAGGGACAGUUACACUGCAACAUACUGGUGAUGGUACACCAACUUUGUUGGUCGCGCAACCUGGUGGUACAUUUAUGCGAAUUAAAUGCAAUCCUGAUGAUUGCCAUAUAGAGAAUGGUUCCUGUGAAAUGAACAGCGAGGUAGCGGCCAACUGCGUAGAUUAUCAGACGUUGGGGAUAUCUAGAAUGCGCAAUCAAAAUAUCUCAACAGAGAUCAUUGGUGAUUUAGAGCCGGGACCAGUACCGUUUAUCUCGACUUUUGAGCCUAAAAUCGCUAAUUACGAGCCUAAAGAUAACUUGCCGAAGCAAGGUUUCGUAGAUGAUAGUCAGCUAGGUAUGAAAACCUUCAAACCCGUGUCGCGACACGAGUUUCGAAGGAACUAUUCGCAACCCGAGAUCAGAAAGAACAGCUCGAAUACGGCAGGUGAAUUUAGUAGAGAAUUUAGAGCGGACAGUCAGGGAACGAUCAGAUUUUACAGCACUGCUGACACGUCCGGCGUUGAUCAAGUGGAUGGUAAUUUCGUCGGUGGAAAUGUUAUUCUGGGCGGUUUCGAAAAUAAAAAGACGAAAGAUUCAGUGUUGCCGACUUUCAAGGAUUUCUCUUGCAAUAAUGGCAAUAUUACUGGCAAUGUUAACAAUAGUAAUAAUAGCAAUAAUAAUGACAAUACCGCUAAUGUGAAACAAUGUGACAAGGAAGGCAACGAUAUGAACUAUAUAAUCGCUGGCGAGAGCGUUCCGAGAGGAAAGCCGUACGCGUUAGCAACGCUUGAUGGGACCAUCAUGUUAGUGCAGGAUGAAAUCAUCUUGUGGGCUAUGCAAGUGGAUCAUCAGAUAUUUGCCUUGUGCCGAUUGGACGUCACGGGCAACAACGCGGAUGAGAUAAUCGCCUGCGCCUGGGAUGGUCAGACUUAUAUUCUGGACCAACAACGGCACAGCGUGCGCUUCCAAUUCGAGGAACCGGUCAGAGCUUUCUGUACGGGAAAUUACAACGUUAAUUCCGGAACAUCCAGUCCCUGCUUAGUGUAUAAUACCUUCAACAACAAGAUCUUUCUUUACUACGAUAUCACUUUGCCAAGUAUGACAGUCAGUCCUUUGAACCCUAUGGAGAAUCUCGAGUCGGACAAAGUGCAACUUUUAGAGAAAUUGUUAGGCAAGUGCAGUGUUGGCGAGAGACAACAGAAAAUGCAACAAUUAACCGAAUGGUUAUUAUAUGGCGACUAUUAGUGUAUAAAAAAGACAAAUGUUAUAUACAUAGAAAAUUUCAUAUAUAGAUAUAUAAUUGAAUAAGUAUCCCAAUGUGUAUAUAUGUAUAUCGCGUACGUAUACCAAGUUAUUGUCCUUUAAAUCUCUGUUAUACCGAAUAAAGAGAAAUCGACGUGAA